GGUUGUCAGAAUUCCCCCAGAAGCGGCGGCGUCCAAAGAGGGGAAGCUGUGCAGUCCUAAGUCGCCGUGGCCCGGGUGGUGGUGGGCUCCGGGUGGGCUUGCGGCGUCCUGGCCUGGCUGCCAUGCAUCCGCGGCGGCCGGACGGAUUUGAUGGAUUGGGCUACCGGGGUGGUGCCCGGGACGACCAGGGCUUUGGCGGCACCUUCCCUGCAAGGUCCUUCAGCUCUGGGUCGGACCUGGGCCACUGGGUGACGACUCCCCCAGACAUUCCCGGCAGCCGAAACCUGCACUGGGGCGAGAAGAGCCCGCCCUACGGCGUGCCCUCUGCCUCCACCCCGUACGAAGGCCCCGCGGAGGAACCAUUUUCCGGCGGCGGCGGCGGCGGCGUGCAGGGGCAGAGCAGUGAACAGUUGAAUAGAUUUGCUGGAUUUGGUAUUGGACUUGCAAGUCUCUUUACAGAAAAUGUACUGGCCCAUCCUUGCAUUGUUCUACGCCGUCAAUGUCAGGUUAAUUAUCAUGCUCGGCAUUAUCAUCUCACUCCGUUUACAGUCAUCAAUAUUAUGUACAGUUUCAACAAAACUCAGGGACCAAGAGCCCUAUGGAAAGGAAUGGGAAGUACAUUUAUUGUCCAGGGAAUCACACUUGGAGCAGAAGGCAUAAUUAGUGAAUUCACACCUUUGCCAAGGGAGGUUUUACACAAAUGGAAUCCUAAACAAAUAGGAGAACACAUUCUACUGAAAUCCCUAACUUAUAUGGUGGCAAUGCCUUUUUAUUCAGCAAGUCUAAUUGAAACAGUGCAGAGUGAAAUAAUUCGAGAUAAUACUGGCAUUUUGGAAUGUGUUAAAGAAGGGAUUGGAAGAGUGAUAGGCAUGGGAGUGCCUCAUAGCAAACGACUUCUUCCACUUCUUUCCUUGGUCUUCCCUACAGUGCUUCAUGGAGUUCUUCAUUACAUCAUCAGCUCAGUUAUUCAAAAGUUUGUCCUACUAAUUCUAAAGAGAAAGACUUAUAAUAGCCACCUAGCUGAGAGCACUAGUCCCGUGCAGAGUAUGUUGGAUGCCUAUUUUCCAGAACUUAUUGCUAACUUUGCUGCCAGUCUUUGUUCUGACGUUAUACUUUAUCCUUUGGAAACAGUUUUGCACCGUCUUCACAUUCAAGGAACACGCACAAUAAUUGAUAAUACAGACCUUGGCUAUGAAGUGCUUCCAAUUAAUACACAGUAUGAGGGCAUGCGAGACUGUAUCAAUACCAUAAGGCAGGAGGAAGGAGUGCUUGGUUUUUAUAAAGGGUUUGGUGCUGUUAUAAUACAGUACACACUGCAUGCAGCUGUUUUACAGAUUACCAAAAUUAUUUACUCUACACUUCUUCAAAACAGCAUAUGAGAUUUAGGUUCCAUCACCAGGUAGUCCAGAAGACAUAGUCUGGAUAAUUUGCUAUGAAAUUAUGAGGGGUAAAAGUGAAAUACUGAGGAAGAAAUGGGUUGAAAAGUGAAAUUGGUAGAAAAAGCUCAUGCUAAUUAUCUUGACUUUAUAAAGUCAUUUAUGUACACACAUAUAACUUCAUCCCUGCAAGUUUUCCACACUUAGACCAGCUUGUUGCAUAAAAUGAAGUCAUACAUUUUCUGCUUGAACAUCAAAAUGUAAUAUCAAAAGCCAAGAUACCCAAAAGAUGUGAGUUAGCUACAGCAUACUUGUCCAUACCUAAACCCAGUGUUUCAGUGCCAGCAACUUAAAAAUUUGUCAUGCAUUUAUAAAGUUUGGUUUGCUCAGCUAGUUGUGUGAAUCGUCAUUUUUAGAGCCGCUCUUAAGAGAGGAUAUAAAAUAAUCAUGACAACGGUGACUGUUUCCACAUUUACAAAUUGUGUACUUAAAUGAAACUCACAUGUCUUUUAUUUCUGAAUGACUUGUCUUACAGGAAACAAUUAAAAUUCGUCUGGGAAUUUGCACCUCUUGCCUACUGUAUAGUCAUCAUUAAAUAAUAGCUUAAGUUUUUAUUUUCUUUCAGUUUUUGCUUAAAGUUUUAUUUUCUAAACUAGAUGUACAUAAAGGGAAAAACAAAUUAUUCUUAUUGCCUUUUAUUUAAACUUAUUUAGAUGAAUACUAGAGAAAAAAAUACAACGCUUAAAAGAAAUAUAUCUGUGUGUUUAAUGGAUAAGUGGAAAAUAGCACAUUUCAUCAUACAAUAAACAAAAAAAAAUUAACCAGUUUAAUAAAACAUUCUAUUCUUAAACUUAA